GAAGCGGAUAAAGCGUCCCCCACCUCCUCUUCUCCAACGAGCACCGACUCUUCUCUUCCGCUCCCUCCUCUCCACUUCUCACCACCACCGCCUGCCUCCCCGCCUCCGCCUCGGCCCUCCCUCGCCGUGCAUGAAACCGUAACCCUAGCUCUAGACCCCUCCCCCCCGCGAUGGCCAAGGCGCUCCUCUCCUCCUCCCUCCUCCCCGCGCUGCCCCGCGCCGCGGCCGUCGGGGGCGGCGCGAGGCUUCCGUCGCUGCGCUCCCUCCGCCGCCGCCGGGGAGGCGCUUCAUGCACGGUGAGGGCGAACCUUAACGGGCUCGAGUCGGUCGGGGGCCUCCAGGCCGCGCUGGAGCGCGCCGAGGCGGCGCUCUACACGCUCGCGGACGCCGCGGUCGUCGCGGCCGCCGGGGCAGGAGGAGGGGACGCGGAGCAGGCGGCCGCGGCGGUGCAGAAGAACGGCGGGUGGUUCGGGUUCAUCUCCGAGGCGCUGGAGGUCGUGCUCAAGGUGCUAAAGGAUGGUCUGUCAGCAGUUCAUGUACCGUACUCUUACGGAUUUGCUAUCAUUCUGCUCACCAUCAUUGUGAAGGCUGCGACGUUACCCCUAACAAAAAAGCAGGUCGAAUCAACUCUGGCAAUGCAGAAUUUACAGCCACAGAUUAAGGCGAUCCAGCAGAGAUAUGCAGGCAAUCAGGAAAGGAUACAGCUAGAGACUGCUCGGCUAUAUAGGCAAGCUGGAGUCAACCCAUUAGCAGGAUGUUUUCCAACUCUGGCAACAAUACCCGUCUGGAUUGGUCUUUACCAAGCUCUUUCAAAUGUAGCAAAUGAGGGGUUGUUGACAGAAGGAUUUUUCUGGAUUCCUUCGUUGGGAGGCCCUACAACAAUUGCUGCUCGGCAAAGUGGUGCUGGCAUUUCUUGGCUCUUCCCUUUUGUGGAUGGUCAUCCUCCAUUAGGCUGGCAUGACACGAUAGCUUAUCUUGUGUUGCCUGUACUACUUGUUGCUUCUCAGUACGUCUCUAUGGAGAUCAUGAAGCCACCGCAGAGCGAUGACCCAUCACAGAAGAACACACUGCUUGUUUUGAAAUUUCUUCCGUUUAUGAUUGGAUAUUUCUCUUUGUCAGUGCCGUCGGGAUUGUCCAUUUAUUGGUUUACGAACAAUGUCCUCAGCACAGCCCAGCAGGUGUGGUUACGGAAAAUGGGAGGAGCAAAGCCUAUAGUCAGUGAAGGAGGUAGUGGAAUAAUUACAGCGGGACGAGCAAAACGCUCUGAUGCUCAACCAGCUGGCGAAAGGUUUAGGCAGCUAAAAGAAGAAGAGAACAGGAGAAAAUUCAACAAAGUGCUUGCUGCCGGAGAUUCAGAUUCGGUAUCGUCUAUCUCAGAGGAUGAAGACUCAGAUGAUGAGAGCGCACAAGAGGGAGGGCCUGUAGAGGAAGCAUCCAGUUCUGGUAGCAACAAGAAACUUCCAAGUUACUCUGGGAAGAAGGGCAAAAGAUCGAAAAGGAAGCGUGUGGUGCAGUAAUGUGGCAGAGCUAAUGGGAUUAGUUUUUGUCACAACUGGUUAAUUCAGCUGACCAGUUCGAUCCCACAGUUGAUCUCGGAGACAAUUUUGCUGGUCCCUUAGAGGCCUAAACUUCAGGUGCAGACAAGUAGAUAAAAUUCGGGGGUCAACGGUAUUUGCUGGUAUGUUGUGAGAUGAAGUAGUUCAGUACAUGGUACAAUAUAGGUUUGAGAGGGUAAUGGAUAUGUGACUGGGCUCGAGUGUAUGUACAAGCAGAGGAGAGGAUCUUUAGAGCAAGUAGAUAAAAUACGCUCGUGUUGUUCUGUAAGUUGGGAUCUAAAGUUGGGCAGAAACUGGAUUGUCCAGGCUAUUGAGAUUCAUUCCUUUUUCCUCUUGUAACCUAAUACCAUUGUUUGAGGAGGUAUGUUGCGCAAGCUGACAACCAUCCGAUCAUAGUAAUGAGUUUGAUGCAACUUUGGUCA